GUCCCUUAAACGAGUUUCUGUCAUUGUGUUCUUCGUAUUUGUCAUCAAAAGCAGCAAAUAGCCAGAUUUUUAUUACUUUUUCGUCAUGACUUCUUGCGUAAAACAGUACUUCGCAGUAAUUUGUGCGAACCUUAUGACCUUCAACUACGGCAUUACCGUGGGCUGGCCUUCGAGUACUUUGCCGCUGUUGAUGUCAGAUGAGACUCCAUUGGCAUCGGGAGCGUUAACUUUGUUCCAAGUUUCAUGUAUUGGGUCAAUUUUAUGUAUUGGAGGUGCUCUCGGGCAGAUGUUAUAUGCAUGGAUUGCCGAUAAAUACGGAAGAAAACCCGGGAUGAUGAUGACUUUUGUGCCAGCUGUUAUCCAUUGGUUACUCAUCGAAUUCGGAACGGAAUUUUAUGCACUUUUAGUCGCAAGAUUUCUUGCAGGAAUCACUGCGGGCGGCGUUUUUCAAGUAAUCCCGAUGAUUGUGAGCGAAAUUUCGAGUAUUGAGAUCCGUGGGAGGCUGGGAUCGUUCAUUAUGCUCUUCACAAAUGCAGGAACUGUCUUCGCGUACAUCGUUUGUAACUACACGAGCUAUUUUGCGGUGCCUUGGAUCUCAAUUGGGAUUUGUACGAUGUUUUUGGUGGGAUAUUCGUUCAUGCACGAGACUCCAAAGUACCUGAUGAUGAUAAAAAAGGAGAAAGAAGCCCUUGAUGCGAUGAGAUUCUUCAACAAUGGACCUUUUACGGACUCAAAAAGUGCGGAAAUAUUAAAAUCCGAAGGUUUUGACGUCGAAAAAGACGAAAUUCGAGUAAAAUGUACCUCAUUAAAGCUUGAUAGAGCGGCGAAACGUGGAUUUAUCAUCGGAAAUGUGCUUGUCAACAUCGUCAUCUUCUCCGGACUCUUCACUUUCGCCAAUUAUUACGACAUGAUAUUCCGUGAAGCGGGUUCCAGUCUCUCGCCAGCCCUUUCUUCGAUCAUUGUUGGUUCAAUUCAACUCGCUGGAACAAUUUCUGCAUCCACUGUCGUUGAACGAGUCGGUCGAAAGCCCUUAAUUCUAGUUUCCGCGUAUGGAUCUGCCUUUUUUGUCACCAUCAUGGGCCUGCAUUCGAUGUUGAUGGAUGUCGGGGUUGAUGUCUCCUCGUUUUCAUGGGUGCCGUUAAUUUGUUUAUCACUGUUGGUUUUUGUCGCAGCGAAUGGAGCACAAUCCCUCCCAAUGGUCAUCGUUGGAGAAAUUUUCGCACAAGAAGUUCGGGGACCCCUAAUUUCGUUGUGCUUAAUCGGAAAUUGGACAAUGAGCUUCAUUCUGUUGCUCGUGUUCCCGUAUAUGGUUGAAUAUUUGAAGAUUUACGGAGCGAUUUGGGUGUUUGCGGUGAUCGAAUGCGCUUUGGCGACUGUAAUUUUAGUGAUGUUACCUGAAACGAAAGGCGUCAGCAUUGAACGGAUAGUCCAGAUUUUAGGAAAAGGGAAAUAAUUUUAAGUUUUUUACGGUAUUUAUAAAGUUUUAUUCUAAAAAAAUGUCUUUUCUAUGAUUUUUU